AUGCGGUGCGCUCGACGACGACGCCGGUUGGUGCUGCUGGCACCACUACUCUCAUCAUCAGCAGCAGCAGCAGAAGCAUCAUCGUGUGGGCGGCGAGGCGUCAGCUCGUUGUGCAGCACUGGUGGUGGGGCGCAGCGUCUACGUGUAACGCCAUUUUUCGCCGCACUCUUCCCCGCCCAAUUCGCUGCAGUGGGAUCAACCGCAGAGGCCAACUUGUCCGGGUCUGUGCGGCUGCAGCGGGCGCUGCGUCGUCGGGAUGCGACUGCUGGUGACGACCAGGGAGCUGCCACAUCGAAGUGGGACUUUGCAGCUGCAGCUGCGCCAAACCCUUCUGCUGCAGCACUGCGUUCCUGGCACUUGAUCGCAAACCUCAAGCACACUGCACUCCACACUGAGAAUAAUGAGAAGGACGUGGGAACGGAAGAAGGUGGAAAGCAAAAAAACCUGGCUAUGAACCGUUACAAUGAUGAGGCUAGCGAUGACGUAACGUUCACGCUUCAGGGCGGCGAUACAGGUGUGGAGGACAACGCUAGUCGUAGGCGCCGCAAACGACACGUGACGCCGUCGGAAGUUUUUCGUCUUGUGCGGAACUCUAUUCGUGCCGUGCAACGAUGUGAGCAGGCGUCUGCUAGCAUGACAGCAGCGACGGCGGCCGGCGCAACACCACUGAGCGAUGCGCUGGAGGCGGGAGAUCCUCACGAUGAGGCUGCAUUGCUGCAGAACAAUGUGUUAACGGUUUCAACAGAGAGGUUGCUCACAUAUGUUCUUGACGGCGGCGAGGUAACAGGAGGAGCGGCGAAGACAACGUUGGAGCCACUGCGACUGGCACUGAGCAAAACGCAGCAGGCCUCCACGUACGGUUUUCACCUCAUAUUUGAGUCGCUUGUGCGCCAGGGCGAGGAUCGACUGGCGGUAGAACUGUUUCGUCGCUGGUGGCGCCACAACCCGCAGCUUUUCCCGAUUGAGCUGGAACUCCACCGUGAGGAAGAUGCAGCGUCUAUGCUUCGUGCAAUUAGGGCAGAGAAUGACAACGCCAGUGCUGAUGCCAUUGCUGCACAGCAGAGCGUGAUCGCGCAACGACUGGCACAGGUACCGUACAAGAAGUACUUGGUGUCGUCUGCGCUCUUCACCCGUGUGCUGACGGUGGCGCUGCAACUGGGUGACCCUGAGGUUACAGAUCAGUUCGUUCUUCAGGAGAUGCUGUACCAAGGUGUAUACACGACUGUUUGUGGUGGGUGUAGUGGGAGUGAUGAGGAUGAUGCGGUGUCCCAUUCCUCCAAUGCGGAGUUACGCUUCCACUUGUUCCGGGAGAACUACGAGGAUUGGCUAGUGCUCAUUGGAGCAAUAGCCGCAUCCGCAGUGCUGCAGCGCCACGUGGAGGCCUUUGUGCGCCAUCAACGCGGCGGGGCAGGGUAUGAUCGUCUGGUACAGACUCUCCGUGAGGAGUACAUGGCUUUUAUCUGUAAGGCGUGUUGCCCUCAAAUGCUACACUCUUUUGGCGCCGGUUGCAAAGCAAUGAAAGAUGUGCAGCCAACAGGGACUGCUUUGGAAGCCCCUGGAUGGGCUAAACUGCUCUUCAUGAAGGUGCUUCGCUGCUACGAGGAGUCUGGUGUAUUUCACGCAUCACAUGUUCGUCGCCCUGGCAACACAGCCGCUCUCUGGCGGCAGAUACACACACAGCUUAUUCGACAGUUUCCACAUGUGUUCCACGCGGGGAACACUGUCACAACGCUGCUGUCCUUUGCGGCUCUCGAGGAAGCGGCGGUGUCCUCCUUGGGGACACAUCGCAUGUCUUUCUGUGGUAAAGAGGAGGCACUCUGCCGCUGGCGACUUGAGUGCCUCUCUUCACAGAAGGAGAUAUGCGGUAACAACAGUAAAAAUGGUACUGAAGUUGACUUUGAGGCCGUCUCUCUUGAUGCACUGGGUGAUCUGCCUCGUGUGUCCAGGCGCCUGCAAGCUCGUUUUGUUGCCGCUCACAGCAGUCUUUCAGGCCGUACCAAGAAUGACCCUAUCGACAGCAAAUCAGAGGCACCUGAGGGAGGUGGUGGCCAACAGCAGCUGCACCGAAAACAGCGGGAGUUGUUUGGCAGUGCAUUGAGUGUUUCCGCAUCGCGUCUCAGCAUUCCUGUCUUUGUGACAGCGCAGCAGGUGCGCAGCUACGCUGCAGACGCCCUCGACGAGAUCGAGGCUGCUCGACGCAGUGCGCUUGACAUUUUUUGCGAUCACACGUCGUUGCCAAUUCUGAGGCCGGCGUCUCCUCUUGACGUUGUGGAUCCGGGAAGGCGCCGAAAUCAUGAGGACAUCGUUGCAGAGGCUUCGCAACCCUCUAUUUUCCUGUUCAUGCGUCUCGUAUCGCUCCUCGCCUCCAUUGGGGAGCGAACAACUGCAACAGUCAAAGUGGGAGAGGCGGUGGAGGAAGGAGAUAUGGGUCACCAUUUCCCUCUUGUGGAGUGUCUGGAGAAGGACAUCGUCCCCUUCUGUCAUCCAAGCGUUGCCUCGUAUCUUCGCCGUUGCUGUAUCACCUCUCUUUCUCGUAGUGGUGUGCGGGGGAUGCAGGCGCUCGUGUCGGAACACCAGGAGUUGCUGCAGCAGAUGAGGGAGGCGGCCGCAGUGGAGCGACUCCUCGUCGGUCUGCUAUGGGGCGGUGACGAUGUCAAUAACAAUGGAGGAGCGUUGUCCCCAUCAACGCGGUUUUCCUUUGGGAGUGGCUCGUUGGCGUGGCAAGUCGUGAUGCAGCACCGCCGUAUCGUUGUUCAGAGUGGCGGUGGGUCUCUACUGGAGAUGGUCCUCUCGCACCUGGCGACGCUCGCAUUGGCGAUCCCAGAUGAUCAAAGACGUGUGGUGUUUGUCUCGCCGCACAUGUACCGUCUUGGUGCUGGUGCAUUGGAUGCUGAGGGGGGUGCCCUCUCGGCGCUUCGUGAUGAGCUACGCUGGAACCCACCGUCUGCAUUGCACUUGUACGUUUCUCUCCUGGAGCUCCUUGCCCGGGUAGCAGAGGUGGAGGACGCCGCGGGGGAGCACCGUGUCGAAGAUGAUGGCAGUGGUGGUGAAAGUAACAUUAGUGGAGAAGAGGAUGACGAUGGUGUUGGAAGGGAAGUUCCGUCUCUCGCCAUGACGGCGCGUCAUUGGUGUGUUGUUCAGAGAUGUCUCCGUACAUGUGCGCCACCCUUUGUUUCACUUCCGCCCUCGUUCCUAGAGCGGGUGUGCUUUGUCCUUGUGCACACCUGCCCGGAUGUGGAGCUCAUGCUGGUGUGUUUGCUUUCACUGCUUCAGCACCCUCCCCCAGGAGGCAGCCUGGGCAACGUGAAUGACGGUGUGGUAGGAGCGCGGCCAGGGCCGACCGUCUCGUUCGUCACGCCGCGGCUUUUGACGGGUCUGUGCGGGUUACUGGUGAUGAAUGGCGUGAAGAAAAGUAAUGUGCAAGAGUGGCGGCAACAGAAUGGCGCACCUUGCGGCUGUGAUGCAAAUCGCAGCGCACUUCACAACUGGCACCUGGUGUGUUAUGAGCGCAUGAUGCCAGUAACCGUCGUUAAAUCUGACCAAUGCGACACUGAUGGGGUGAGAUGUUCAGCCAUGAGCGCUGACUGUGAUGAAGAUAGUGGUACUGGAGAUUCCGAUUCGUGGACGUGCGCGGGGGCGCACCUGUUGGGCAGCGUUGUUCUCGACGUGUUGCUCACUGACGCCAGAUGGCAUUCGCUGCACACUGACAAUUACUACGUCGCAGUUUUCACAUCUACAGGCGUGGAAGCGGCGGCAGAGGAGGAUGUCGUUGUUGCGAAUGCUGCACGUAAGAAAACCGGCCCGUUUUCGUUGGGGGUGGUGUUACCAUCGAGGCAGAUGGCCUCUGCAUACCCUGCAGGUGUCCGCCACCGUGUGACAAACUUGAGGGAUGCGCUUCGGGAAAUGGGCCCAGAGGGACGUUUGCAGAUGCGCAAGUCUUUCUCGCCUAUUGUGAGGAGGACGGGCGAAAAGAUGGUGCUGGAGACGUGCUGGCCCACAGAUGCUGCUUCCGACGAUGAUGAUGACGAUGAUAGCACAGUGCGGCUUUUCAGUGUGCGGAACAAAGAGGAGGGUGGCGCGACUGUGUAG